GCGCAGGUGUCGAAGAACGCGCUCGACGUGUGGGGGCUGGACAAGGAGUCCGCGCUGCACAAGUUCUUCGUGGGCGAGCCCAUGGGGGUGGUGGCGUCGUCACCCGACGGAGCCUUUUUCGCCGGCGGAUCCCUCACCGGAGCCGCGUACGUGUGGGAGUGCGCCACGGGCAAGCUCCUGCGCACGUGGCCCGCGCACUUCAAGGCGGUAUCCGCGAUGGCGUUCACCCCCGACGGGUCGGUGCUCGUCACCGGGGGGGACGACACGGUGGUAUCGGCGUGGACCCUCGCGACCCUGCUCGACCCGGCCCAAAACUCGCACCCUUCGCCGACGCCGGCGCACUCGUGGGCGGAACACUCACUCCCGGUCACCGCCAUCACCGUCGGUCAGUGCGACGGGGGCGGCGCCGGGCUCGUCGUCUCGGGAUCCGCGGACAGGACGUGCAAGAUUUGGACCCUGGGCGGGGGACACCUGCUGCGGACGAUCUCGCUCCCGGCGGCGAUCGGCGCCGUCGCGAUCGACGCGUGCGAGGCGACGCUCUACGCCGGCGCCGUCGACGGACGCGUGUUCGAGGUGCCGCUCAACGCGUCCGCGGCGAUCGGCGAGGCCGCGGCGACGGGUUCGACGGGUGUUGGGCGGAGCGACGGACGGUCGGGCGCGGCGGCGACGUUGGAGGGACACACCCGCUCAAUAUCCGCGCUCGCGUGCACCGCCGACGGCGAACGCGUGGUGAGCGCGUCGGACGACGGGACGUGUCGGGUGUGGGACGUCGCGUCGCGGCAGACCACGCACGUGCUGAGGCACCCGCGGGGGUUGGCCUUCUCCGCGCUGGCGCUG